AUGAAUAUUUUUGGAUAUAUUAUUUGUAUUAAAAAAUCUGGUGUUGACGGUUUCUAGUAUCCAUUAAAGAAAACUACUUGUUAUUUUGGAAGAGAUACUGAAUGUGAUAUUCAGCUUCAGCUUCCAAUAGUACCCAAGCAGCAAUGCAAGAUUGAAUUUGAUCUACAACUUAAGGAGGCCAUACUGACUAAUUUAAAUUCUACAAUUCCAAUUAUGUUAAAUGGAUCUACCUUUUGUCAUCCGAUAAAUCUUGAACACGGAGAUUUAAUUACUAUAAUUGAUCGGUCAUUCAGAUUUGAAUAUAAAUACGACUUUCAAAGCGAAAGACAGCUAAGAAGGCCUUCAGAAACAAAAAACAAAGAGGUGAUACCAACUCCAUCCCGAAGUACCUCAGUUUUGGGCUCUGGGAUAAUGCUAACUUUAGAAACCAAAGAAUUGACAGAAGGUGCCACAGACCUCCUUGAAAAAACUGUCUCCACCCAUGUAGCAGCUGAAGGUGGUAGAGGAGAUCAGAGUCUUUUUUCGACUCCCAAACAUCCCGGGACGAAUGAAGACAUUUUACCUCCUUUUAGUGAACUUUUGGGCCUGAUGCAAGAUGCCUCGGAUGCCCAGAGCCAACCAACUGUCGAUCUGCAUGACAGCCAUAGAAAACCAGGGCCCUCAAGUAGGAAUGAUGCAGAGUGGGAAGUACAGCUUUUUCAAUUGCCCCACUCCAGCACCUUGUGGGGCAGCACCAUAAGGUGUGUCACCGUCUCCAAUGGGUCCGACGAUAACAGCAGUGAUGGUGAAAAAGAAACUGAGGACCCCUUCUGGAGCAUCCCUUUGUUACAGUGGGAUGAAAAUUUCCUUCAUAAAGAAGACCAGCAAUCACAGCAACUGAACACGCCCUCAAAAUGGAAGAAGAGCGAAGAAUGACCCACUGAGAAUUCAGGGAAAUAUAGUAAGGGCUGCAGGAAAGAGGACAAAAGGAGGAGGCCAGCCCCUGGGUGGCCCCUGGUGGAUGCCCAAAGUCAACCCUCUUUUCACACACUUCGGUCCCAAACCAAGAGGCCCGACAUGUGCUUCUUGGGGAGUGGUGGCCAUGGCCUACUGCUGCCCAAACUCAAGAGAGAGGAUUCACUUGUUGAGAAGCCUGUUCUCAAAGACAGCAGCAUUAACUCCUCUACAGAUACCACAAAGCAGCCAUCAACAUUUCUUCCAAAAGUAGCUGAUGAUGAUGAAACCUCUAACAAAUCGUUAGAUGAGGAUGACAUUGACGAGAUACCUCAUUGUGUAUCACCUGAUAUCAGUGAGUUUGAUAUCAGCGAUUUUGUGGAUUCUUCUUCUGAUUCAGAUAAUGUUACUGAAAAUAAUGAACCAUGUGAAAAAAGGAGGAGAGUUUCUUUUGGAGCCCUUCUGAGACGUGAAAUAUUUGAUGAAAAUUUACCUCCCAAUGCACCUCUUGAAAAAGGAGGAAGCCCAGAGACGAGAAAAAGCUCAUCUGGAACCUGUGUCCGAGAAAGUCAACAGACACAUUCUAAACCACCAGAAAAAGAGCCUUCUAACAGUUUACUGGAAGGCAUACCAUGUACAAAAGACCCAUCACAAGAGCUUCCAGCCACUCAUCAUCUUCAGAAGAAGUCUGCUCUGGGCAGGGAUAAUACAACCCUUUCAAAAUUACUCAAUGAGAGAGUAACAUCUAUUCCCGAAAUCCAGACCAUCCAGCCCCACAAAAUCGUGAGCACACCAUCGCGCCUGAGGAGAUCCUCCUCUGGAAGAAGCCAGUUUGAAAUGCUACAGAUGAUUUACGCCAAGAAGAGAAGCGGUGCAUCAAAAGCCAAUCUCAUGGUUGUACACUCUUGGGCAGAUGUGGUGAGAUUAGGUACUAAAAAAACCCAAGCACACAUUGUUAUAAAACAUGGUCUUGAGAGAAUAAUAAUAAAACAGCAGAAGAGAUUAACCCACAAGAAGCCUGCAAACCAUGCACAGAAUCACUUUAGCACAGGCCACGCCAACUCUUCCUGCACCAUAGUGACUGGGAGAGCUCAUACUGAAAAAGUGACCGUACCUAUAUGGCCCUGUAGGAUGCUGAACAACUUUGUUAAAAAACCUAAGAUAGAUGUGAAUGAGGAUUUAACAGAAUUAGUAGACAUGUUUGAAACCCCUAUCAAACACAAAACUGCAAACAUGUCUCCUGAGAUUGGUACAACUUCAUAUAACUCUUCAGGAGAUGAAGACUCUUUAGAACAUAGAUCAGCAGAGAGAUUGAUACCUCCUAUUCCCAACACAACGAAACAGCUAUAUGGCCAGAGCAUUAUAUGCAGCCAUUCCCCAAGAAAUCGGCGGCAAUGGGUAGACAGUGAUGAAAUAAUUAAAACCCUAAAGGAGAUCUCUGAAAUAAGAAGUGAUGAAAUAACAAAGAUUGCACUUCGAGGAGUCAAUGUAGACCCCAAAAUAUUAACACCGAAUUCAAAAAAGGUAAAGACCUGUACAUCAAAGGAAAAUGUAUCAACACCAUAUCUCAGCAGAAUUAAAACACCACAAAUAGAUCAAAAUUUUACAUAUAUGGAAGAAAAAUUUGAAAGUGGAAAUGUAAACGGGGCUAAACCAAAAAUAGCUAGGGAAUUUGUGAAGCCCAGCACGACAAGUACAGCAGAACAUCAUCCAGUAAUAACAUCAGCUACAGCUACACAUAUAACACCAAAUUCACGGGCCAGCACUGUUAACAUCAAAGGAGGGGAAAGAGAAAAAGGAAACGCAAUAGAUAUAGACCUAAGGAAUCAAAAAACAAAAUUGUCAGGUCAGUUAGUCACCAAAUCAAAUAAAGAGCCACCUGUCACUGACCAGCCAACAAGAAUCAUAAAGCAAUCAAGAAUUUCAUCAGAAAAUGAAGAGUACUCUCCGACAGGAGCCUAUAAAAGAAGUCUAAAGCCAAGUAUUGUGUCUCUAGAUGUGCAGGCUGCCCUAGGAACUGUAACACCAGGAGGCAUAAAGAAAGUAAUAAGAACCCCGAAGGGAAAAACAAAAACAAAAGACCUAAUUGUCAUCAGAGUGCCUACGGCAACUACAACAGAACUAAAAGAAGACCAAGAAAACAAAGUGGCAGAGUCUGCUGUGGAUGAUGCAAAUUCAGUUCAGGAAAAUCUUGGGACAACCUGAGCUGAAGUCCAAAAGAAGCUGAUGAGGACAGUAGAGCAGCAAACUGAGGCAGAGGAUCUCCCCGAGCAGGUGAUGAAGACUCCUAAACGAAAAUAUGGCUCCGUCAAGCAUCUGACAACAGUGGUCAAGAGACUGAUGAGAACUCCUAAGGACAAGGUAGAAGCAGGGGAGGAGGAGGUGGGCGGCAAUGAAAGACUGAUGACUCCUCCAGAGGAAAAAAGCAACCGAAAUAUGAAGCCUCUUAAGGAGAAAGGGCCAGAAAGGACGACUAUUCCAAAGCAAAUUCAAUCCAAAAACAUGAACAAGUCCCUCCUAAUAAAAAUAGAUGAGAAAUAUGGAUCAGUAGAAGAUCUGACUUUGACCAGGAGACUGGACGGCCUAGGCAAACUUAGAAGAAAACCGAAGGAAGCAGAAAAACUUACAGAUCUUCCUAAGGAAACAUCAAAACUAGUGCAAAACUUAACAAAUUUUAGAAGAGUUUUGAAAAUGUCAAAAGUAAAACCAGCAGAAGAUCUAAUGGGAAGCAAACCAACCGAUGGAGAGGGCUAGACCGAAAAUUGAUACUGAUGAAAAAACAAAAGUUAGUGGUUCGGUUAGUGAAAUAAGAUCUGACACAGAACAAAAUGAACAAAAGCCCCUGAAGGUCUUAAAUGGGUUAAAAUUGAAACAAAGAAUUGUGAAUAAAGGAAUGAUGGUGUUGUGUUCUAGGAAUAAAAAUAAAAUAUUUCCUACUGAAUCGGACAAAAUAUUCCCCAAUAGUGAAAAAGUACCUUGGAAAAAUUUCCCAUGGAUUUUAAAAGGUCAAAAGAAAAUAUUGCAUCCUAGAAAUAGAAAUAAAAGUAUUGAGGAAUAGCAUUUGGGUUUAUCCAGUAAAAUAGAGGAGUUACACACAGAAAAUGACAAAAAAUAUAUCAAGAGUUUUCAGGGGAAGAUGACUGUGACUGAAGAUGGACUGGCUUCAAGAACAAGAAGCAAAACCAAAAUUUUUAAGGAAAGCCAAAUUUGAGAAAGAAGUUAUGCAUAGAGAGUAAGGAAAAGACACCACCUGAGUGUCCACAGUUCAUGAAAAGAUAGCAGUACAAUUAAGUCUGCCAAGGAAUCACAAGAGCCUAAUUUAGGUUUAUCAACUGAAUUAUGUAAGACAGGGAAUGAGGAGAAACUGGAAGAUGCAAGUCCCAAUACAGGGAUGAUACUUUCAAAAACUAGAGGCAAAAAUAAAAUAGAUACAGAAAGAAACAGACUGCACAAGAGCUUCCAGAGAAGUUUAUGUCAUCAAGAUCUCCAAGUCAAAACAAAAUGGAAACACAAGAGAGUAUAUGUAUGGAGUGUCAAGGGAGGAGUCUCCCAGAGAAGAAAGCAAACCAAAAAGCAGUGAGUCCAUGUCACGGGUCUUCAUGAUCUAGAAGUAGGGGCAUAGAUUACUCUAUGCUGCCAGGGUUGCACCUGAGAUAAACCUCAAAAAAGGAAAAAAGCCUGCAAUGUCCAGAAGAUUGGAUUAAGGGCUAGCAGUAAAAAUAAAAAGGAUACAGGACUGAAAGAUCUAAUCCUCUAUCACCACCCACAAAUGAUAUAGAAAAAGAUGACACAUGCAUGGGUCUUUGCCCGGAUAUCUUUAAAAGUUCAUUGGUACCUGAAGGAAUUUUAUGUUUAACUAGAAAGAGAAAAAAAGAACCACAAGACAUUUAUCGGAUACCUAGUCCAACAAAGAUUGUUGAAAAGCAGCUUCCAAGCCUGGAAAAUAAAGCUGAGGAUAGAGUGGAAGAAUCCUUUAGAAUUGGAAGCCUAAAUGAAACUGAGGAAAGAACUCUAUAUUUCUCUUUUGCUUAGGGCGAUGGAGAUAGCUUGCGCUGAGAACAAAGAUGGAGAUAUGACUGAAGACUGGGUACAUUGAAGGUCUAAAGCGAGAAGCAGCAGCAAUACAGAAUGGAUAGGAUUUAAUCUUUUGUCAAAGGACAUCUUAGCUUUGGGUAAGAUUAGAAAAGAAAAUAUUCUUCAGAUUUUUCCUGACAAGAAACACAAGACAUGAGAAAGGGGGCGAUACAGAUCUGCAAAGAUCUGCUAAUCUUAGCAAACAUGACCAGUCCACCACAGCAAGAGAAUCAACCCCAGAAAAAGUCUCAAAUUUGAAGAAAACUUUUUACAGCACUCUUUUGAGAAAGAGAAGAAAAUCAAAGACACCUAGUAGCAAACUGUCAGAGCCAACUGAUGUUGAAAAGUAUAGCCCAGAGAGUCUUCUAAAAUCUGUCCCACAGGCAAGUGACAAUUUAAAAGUGGUUUUAUCUCCUCAAGAAACCCAGUCAGAGCCUUCUUUGCUUAGAGAAGGAAGCAGCAGUGCGAUGUUAGAAAAUAACAAAAACCAGACUCAAGAAAAUAAUGCUGCGGAAUCCACAAAAUUAAGUAAUGACCAGGAAUUUUGGAACUCAGGGAAAAGAGGAAAACACAACUUAAGGAGAGCAAACCAGCUAACCACAAGUUCAAAAUAGGUAUGAUGUCAUAUUUUAUGAUGUUUCUUUUUAAUGGGCAUAUCACAUUUUUUGCUAAAUUUCUCAAAGGUUUAGGUUCAACUCUCAGUAUUAUAUAAGAUAAGCUAAAAACCAUUUACAUGACUUUGGAAUGAGGUAAUGUGUGUUUGCUAUCUAAGGCAAUUUAAAUAAAAUAUCAAG